AAAAUCUGAAUGGCUUUAUAUGCUUCAUGGCAAAAAAUAAAGUAUCAGUGUUAUCCUGAACAGAAAAUGUUUUUCAAGUUUUUAAAUCGAAAUUUGGCAUCAUUUGUUAGCAGUUAAACGCGGAGUGAAACAAUUUCUUGUUACGUGAUUAAUCUUGGGGUAAUUUUUUCCUCGUGUUAAAUGCUAUUAAAUUUAUUUGGGACCUUUAUUCGCUCUUAAUAUGAUUAUAAUUUGAGAGUUGGCAGGGAUAAUUUCUAGACCUAGUGCCUCAGAAGUUUUACAAGUAUUUGAAAGGAAGAUUUACAGAUCUACGAUUCCAGAUAAAUGUGGUCAAAUGAAGGAUGUUUCCACGGUAGCACGUAAUGAAUGUGCAUUAUAGAAAAUCCCUGGCAAAUUUCUUAUUUUAUGGAAAAUAUUUGGAAGAACAGUGAAAACAAAAGUUUUUUAGGCUAUACCUGGAAGUCUGCUGAUAAUCAAGAGGGUUUUGUUAAGCUGUAUGUAGGCUGUAAUUUUAAUUUAUUGAUAACAUUAUAAAAUCUUAUUUAUUUUUGCAUAAUGCUGAGUUUUUCGUUAACAUUUUAAAAUUUUACUCUUUGUAUUAACUAAAAAAAAUUUUAAUGAAUCAGAAUAAAACCAUGGAUGAUGAACUGGAGGAAGGUGAAAUUGCUGAUGAAGUUUACCCAGAAACCAAAGACAAAGUUUUACCUCGCCGAUAUGUCUUGCAUGAAAAUAAAAGUGUAACAAUUAAACAUAAAAAAACAUGUAAGCAUGUUUCUCAUCAUCAUGAAGAAAAACACAAAAAACUAAAAGGCGUUUCCUUAAAGCAAAGAAAUCCGCGUAAAAAACAUCAUAAAACGUGCCCUAAGCGCUUGGGAAAGUUACGUAAAUAUCUUCUUAAUAAGAUUGCAUCAAAAAGUAAACUUUUAGUUCCAUCAGAUGCAGAAACAGAAUUAAGAAAUGAUAAUUAUGAUUUGGCUUCUAGAAAGAAAAGUGCUUUCAAAAAUUAUACAAGUCCACCACGUAAAAUAUCAAAACCCCAAACAUCAGUAGCAAAUAAUUAUGGCCCCUUAGAAAGUAAAUUUCCAAAAUUAAUAUCUGAUUACAUGAAAGUUCAAGCUGGUUUAAGGACUCUUAAUGAUAGUCUGAAAAAUGUAAGCAAUGAAAACCAACUUACUGCUUUUGAUUCGGAAUUAGAAGGCAGUCUUUACAUUCAAAAUAAGAGUAUAUCUGAAAACCUACCAGAUUCCACCACAAAGCAAUUGAAUGAAGAAAGUGAAGAUGAAGAUGAGCUAAGGAGAAUUGCUCUUGCCAGUGUGAGAAGAGCUGCGCUUGAUGAAUUUGUAGAAAAUAGUGUUGAUGCAUCUCCUUCAGACAGUGUAAAAAAUUCUGGUAUGUAUUCUCAUGACCAAGAAACUGAUAAUUAUGAAAUAGUUGAUAUGGAUGUUGAUGAAAAUCAAGAUUUAAAUGAUGAUGUAGAUGAUCAGCUAUUUGGUAUUGAUACAGCUCCUUUGCACACUGAGUUUUUUUAUGUAGAAAGUAAAAACCCUGUUGAUGAUCAAUUAUUUGUUAUUGACACUAAACCUUCUAUCCAUAAUGAAUUUUAUAAUGUAAAAAGUGAAAGCUCUUCUCCUAAUAUAAUACCACAUUCAUUGGAUAAGUCUGGUGUAUCACCUAGUCAGUUAGAUAAUGAUUUUGAAGUAGAAUUAUUAAGAGCUGAGUUAAUUGCUAAUAUGAAAUCAUGUAAUUCAGGUAAAAGAGAGAGGGAAGAAAUUCAUAAUGUACUUUCAGAGAAUUCUGAGGCAAAAAGUCCUGUAACUACACCAAAUAUAAAUUUUUCACCCCAAGCUCCAAAUUCUUUAGAAACUGUGCCAGAAACUAAAAAUUACACAAAACAUUUAAAAGCAUUUGACUUGCAUAAAACAGUAUUGUCUAAAGCAAAAGAAAAUAUUCCUCGGGAAAGACUUAUAAUUACUUUAAAUAAUGAUUCAUCUUCAGAAGAAUCUGAUCAAGAAGAUGAAGAUAUGAAUCAAAAAGGUCCUUUGCAAAUGAAUUCUGCAGUUGCUAGCCUUGAAGCUUUGAUUUCUGAUGCAAGACAUAAUUCAGAUGAAAAUAAGUGUAACAGUGGAGAUAAAAUAAAUAAAGCAGUUUCUUGUCUGUCGAAAGCCCAACAGGAGGAAUAUAAUGCUCUAAUGAAAAUUCUUGCGGAAAAAGAAAAAAUAGGUGUACCAUCAGAACAGAUUCCAUUCAAGAAAAUUAAAGCUCAUUCCCCUCUAGAUGAUUUAAAAUUAUUGGAAAAAAAACUGAGUAUUGCUAAAACUAAUCUUGAGAAGGAGCAGCAACAAUUAGGUAAAGUUGUAAAAGAAGUCACUACGAAAAAAUCUGCUUACAUGAAGUCAAAAUUAACUGUACAGCACUUAAAGGAGCAAUUGCAUGCGGCUGAAAAAGUUAGAAUAUCUAAUUUAAAAUUAUGGUCUAAGUCAAUUGAUCAUUUCAAAACCAUAAAAAAGUCUAUCUCUAAGCGGCAGACUUUAAUAAAACAGUUGCAAAUACAAUGCUCUAAACUGGGUGUGGGAAUACAAGGACAGAAUUAUGCUUUGCCUGCAGUUUCAAAUAGUAAUGUUUCUCUAAAAAAAGAGUCAUCAUCAUGACAGAUUUUGAAGUAUCUAGGUUUAUUGUUAAGUAAGCUGUGCACUGCCCCCUUUUUUUUAAAAAAAUUCAUGUUAUUCCAUGUUGUAAAAUAAGUGUAAAUAUUGAAUUUACUUUUGCGGUAAUCUACAUAUUGAAGGUGCCAUGGAUGCAGGGUGUCAAAUUUUUAUUCAUGUACAAAUGGUAUGUUUAACUGUAAAUAUUGCUUUCCUAAAUUGUUGAGCUUCCUACUUUGUGUUCUGCUCAAUAUUUUCCAUAAAGGAACAGCUCUACUCUGUUGAUUUAUUAUUAUUAUUUUUAGUUGUGAUGAAUAAUGUUGAUGAUCAUAUCAAAUCAUGGUGUAUGUAAUUUGUUAUGUAUAUGAAUGAGCUUUAUAAUAAAUUGUUUUUGUUCGUUA